AUGGCUCCCGUACGGCAGAAGAAACGGGACUCUGACCAGUCGACCGCCUCGUCGAGGCCGCCAGGGGCGACGGGAGGUAGCAAGGUGCCGCUCAAGGCGAGCCCUACGACACCGCAACAUCGGAGUCCGAUCAGGAAACAGAGGAAGGGCAUUAGCCUGCAUCAGAAGCAGGCUCUGAUUGAUAAUCUGCAGCUCGAAAUCACAGAACGCGCUCGCCGAUUACGGGCGCAAUACAACAUCCAAGCACAAGGGCUACGAUCGCGGAUAGAGAUUAGAAUCAACCGAAUUCCCAUGUCUCUGCGCAAGGUCAAGAUGGGCGACUUGCUCGUCAAGUACGCCGAGCAGGAGAAGCAGCGGCUUGCUGCGGCGAACCGACCACCACCAGUUCCAGCUAAGGAUACUCCUCGCGUGAGCCCACACAAACCCGUACAAAGCACAACACGGCCGCAAGCCGCAGGUCGAGCCUACAACGGGAGAGGCAACGCGCUGGCCGGAGACAAGGAAAACGAGCUGGAGAACAUGGACCAAAAGCGCCGGGUACGCGCUGCACAGGGAACAGAUGCUGGCCACGUCCGCCCGGCCCAAAUCCUGUCGCCCACUUCCUCAAACUCGCGACUCAACCGAGACCGACCAGCCUCCCCGACGAAAUCGCAGAUCGCUCGACCCGGUUCGCCCCUCAAAUCCACCGGGGCCAGCCGCUCUGCUGCCAUGACAAGCGUCCUCUCUAGCAUGGUGGAGAGGGCAAAGGCGACGCGUCACGGGCGGAAACUCACCACAGCAUCAGAGGUCAGCUCGGCCUCAACUAGCACCACUGCGGGGACACGAGGUCGCAAGGCAGCGCCUGGCGCGGCACCGAAAGCUGGCCCUCCAUCGAGACCGGCAACCCGCGCUGGCCGCAGAGCUAGCGGCACGAGCGAGACCAGCGAGGCAAGCACGGGCACGGUGGUAAGAAAGACUGGGGCUGGCAGGCCCCCAGCUGCAACCAAGAAGACGACCAUGGGAACCAUCAGGAAGGGCGUCACGGGCGCAGGGACGAAGAAGACAACAACGGCAAAGGCGCCCGCUGCCGCUGCGCCGACGAGUUCCAGCGGUCGUGUCUUACGGAAACGAGGCUAG